UAUUAAAAUUAGCAUGUGUCUGCGCCAUCCUGUGGGUGUGGCGCAGAGCGGAGUGUAAACUCUAGCGGGGCUGGAGCAAACAUUGGAUUAGCGGCAGCAACCUGCCAGCCUGCCCAAGGAGUGCGGGGACCUGCGCGCGGCACGCCGACCGGCACCAUGGCCUCGUCUCAGGGGAAGAAUGAGCUGAAAUUCGCCGACUGGAUGGCAACUCUGCCGGAGAGCAUCCACAGCAUCCCCCUCACCAAUUUAGCCAUCCCAGGAUCUCAUGAUUCCUUCAGCUUCUACAUUGACGAAGCCUCACCAGUAGGGCCUGAGCAGCCAGAGACCGUCCAGAAUUUUGUCUCUGUGUUUGGAACUGUGGCCAAAAAGCUGAUGCGGAAAUGGCUAGCCACUCAAACGAUGAACUUUACUGGUCAGCUAGGAGCUGGGAUCCGUUAUUUUGAUCUUCGAAUUUCCACCAAGCCCAGAGACCCCGACAAUGAACUCUACUUUGCUCAUGGUUUGUUCAGUGCCAAAGUCAGUGAAGGCCUUGAGGAGAUCAAUGCUUUCCUCACAGAUCACCAUAAGGAGGUAGUAUUCUUGGACUUCAACCAUUUUUAUGGGAUGCAGAAAUAUCACCAUGAAAAACUCGUCCAAAUGCUGAAAGACAUCUAUGGAAAUAAAAUGUGCCCAGCAAUUUUUGCCCAGGAAGUUAGUCUCAAGUACCUGUGGGAGAAGGACUAUCAAGUGCUGGUUUUCUACCACAGUCCAGUGGCUCUGGAGGUGCCCUUUCUCUGGCCUGGGCAGAUGAUGCCGGCACCCUGGGCCAACACCACAGACCCGGAAAAACUGAUCCAGUUUCUUCAGGCAUCUAUCAUUGAGAGAAGAAAGAAGGGCUCGUUUUUUAUAUCUCAGGUGGUGCUGACCCCCAAAGCUAGCACUGUGGUCAAAGGGGUGGCCAGUGGCCUCAGAGAAACCAUCACAGAAAGAGCUCUUCCUGCCAUGAUGCAGUGGGUCCGCACACAGAAGCCAGGAGAGAGUGGCAUCAAUAUUGUCACUGCUGAUUUUGUAGAACUUGGUGAUUUCAUCAGCACCGUCAUAAAGCUCAACUAUGUCUUUGAUGAAGGAGAAGCCAACACUUGAUAGUACCAUUUGGAUUAUUCAUGAAUAAAAUAGAGAAGAUUCAUUGUAUUAGGCAUAUUAUCUACAAACACUCUGAUUUUCCUAUUCCACUGAGUCUCUGAGGGUAUUAGGGCUGGUAGUGGGUGGGAAAAGGGGGAAACCAUUUCUUCAGUGAUUGUUAUCAUAGUCUGCAUUAGUAUAAAUAUUUCAUUUCCCAUUUGAUGAGUAAAAUAUACUUCUAGUGUUAGGGAUUAAAAAAGACCCGUGAAUUUUGUUUUUCAAAAUUAGUCUUUGUAACUUGUAACUGAUGAGUGUUUACUUGAUUGCAUUUCUGAUUUCAACCUAGGACUCCUACACUGUCUAUAUCCUCUAACCUAACCUUUCCACUCCCUCUCUAGCUCGCUUUUUUUAAUCAGAUGCUGUAUGGAUCUCAAAACAAUUGAAUGCCCAACAUAACGUGUAUUACAUUGUUGUACUGAAGUUUAUUUGUUUUGUGGGGCUUGGUAUAAUAGUCUGUAGUCAUCUGAAUUGGGCAAUCACUGCUAACUUUUGGUCGUAGAAAAUAUGCAUCACAUCGGUUUCCCUGUAUCACUAAUAUUGGAGGCUAUAAUCAGUGAUUUUUGUGUUAUAUGAAAAUAAUAGUGUUUCACAGUAUUUCUAUUUAAGGCAGCUAUAAAUAUAGAGUAAAAAUUUUUUUGGAAGAACUAUUAGUGCCAAUUCCAUAGUGAAAAAAGG